UGAAGGUCUCGUAUAUAUUUUGGAUGUAAAAUAAUGGUAAUGAAAAUAUAGUAGGAUUGCAGAACGGUGGUUGAUAAAUCAGACGCUUGAACGGAGGCCAGAAGACUAUUAAAUAUCUCUUAAAACUGGAAAUUUUCCGGUAAAUACGCGAAAGGCCAUUGGCUGAUAUUCGCAAAUUUCCAGUGACUUACCUGCGUUUAAGCGGAACGAAUUGAUGGAAAUAAAUUUGCAAGUGUUUAAAAAUUACUAGUUACUACCGCCAUUUUACUAUUGCUACUACCGCUGUUACCACCGUGUUAAAUCUGAAAUAGCGAAAAAUGCCAUUUGAAUGGCAGAGAUAAGAAAAAGUACGGAAUAGAUUGCAGCUGAAAUGUUAUCGCUCAGUGGAAUUGCUUUUUCUUUUGCUUUUAAUAGUCAGUUAAAUUAUCAAACGGUACCAAUGAUAGUGUAGUGUAUUGAUGGUAACUUUGUGAAAAAAAAAUAUCACACCAAAAUAACAGCUAGCCAAACUAAGAGCUGGACGUUAACAAUGCAAACGUGCUUGUAUAUCGCCUGCGAUUGUUUCACUUAAUUCAUAAGCAUUUAUUUGCUCUGUGCAUUUCUUCGGUAUUGUGCCAAGAAAGCUAAUUGUUUCAGUGGAUUUCUCUGGCCUUUAUUUUUUCUCUUUUAUUUUCUGGCAGCCUUUUUUGUUACUCAGUUCAAGGAGUGCCUGGUUACUUACUCUAGUCCACUCUACUUUCCACUCAGCAGCAGACCCUAUUGUUUUUGGCCUCAUUGUUAGGCUUCAGUUGAAGUAAUGCCAUUAAGGAAUUAGAACUCCCAGAUUUUAAUCCUUUUAGUGCCAGCCAGUCGCAUUGUGGAUAGGAUACCAUAUCCCCAUAUUUGCAUACCGGCCUUCUUACCUUCAUUAGUUGACUUAAUUGUUCAGUGUUGGAGAGUCUGAGCUGGAAUAGCAAAAUUAAAUAAAACCGUACCGCCCCUUAACUCUCGGUCUCAGAAUCAUGCACUCUCGAAAUAAAAAAGGAUUAGAGUUUAUCGUCGUGAAAUAAACUUGCUUAACUCAAAAAUUCACAACUGUUCUUUCUUGUGAAAAAGAUUUAGUUUCAUUUAAUUUCAGGACGUUAGCUUUGUUUCAUCUUUACUCUUAUUUUUUGCCAGUUUUGGAUUAGCUUUGGUAUAAACAUAGCAUAAUUAUCCAUUUUGAAUAAAGACUCAUUGCCGAUUUUUGACGUGCAAUCAGUUCGACCCGCCAGACUUACGGAUUGUAUUUUUUAGUAGUCCGAAUUAGGAUGUGUAGAUGAUUGCUUCUCAACUUAUUCUCCCAUUUGCAAAUGGUGGAUUUGUUUGUCCUCAUUUAAAUUCGAUUUUCCUUCCCCACAGGUGAUUUCACAGUAGUCGUAUUACCCGCGAGAUAAAUACAGACCCAAUUCCAAGCCUGACGCCGCCCUCUAAAACAGUGCUCUCAAUUACACCUCGAUUGAAAAACGCAUAAUUAGAUUCAGAGCCAACCCUAAUCGCCGAAAGCUGAAAUACUCAUACGUAAUUACUCAGCCUACUCAAUUUUUUAGACCACUGGGUUUAAAAAAGGAAACAUUUGUUCCCCUUUUGCAUCAGUUUUCAGUCUAGUGCCCUAAUUUGGUUGAAAACUCCAGUCGAAAUUAUUCUUUAUCUUUCUUUAUUGUAGUCCAUAUUUUUGAGAUCUUUCUUCAGACAACCAAGGGGUGAACGAAUAUUAUAACUGCCAUUUGAUAUAAAAGAUUAUGGCUUCCGAAAUUGGUUGGUCAAGGCUUUUUGCUACACAUAGUGCGCUUGUUCUUUGAGAAGACUAGAUCAUUUGAAAGCUACUGAAUGACAAAUUUGAGUCUAUUAUAAGUAGCUGAAUGAGGAACAAUUUAUUCUCCAUUCGCUAGAAUUGAAUUUCAUCUGCACUGAAUUUUUUCAAUUACCAUAUGGAAAUGAGCUCAACUUUCAGUCUCUUUGAAUGUUGAGUCUGUGUUCGUCACUAUUACACGCGUUAUGGAAGGCGAGCUUUUGUUAUUCAAAUGAAGAUUGAAGUUCAAUUGAGUUUUAUUGAUGUCACGCAGCAAUCUGUUGCUUGGCGCCUUUAAUUUUUGGCCAACGAAUCGGCAAAGAUAUUAAAAUCGCAGUCUUAUCGGACCAUUUUAUUUGCUUGGAUAUAUGUACUUGGACACUGAAAAUGCAUUUUAUUGAAAAUAAAUAUUAUUGAUGCCUUGAUUCAGAAAUGGGAGACUGUGAGUUUUGUCGGUUGCAGAACCGCACCCGGACUGCGUACCAAACGAACCCUGAUUCCCAAAAUCGCCCAUCUUAUGGUCAUGGACUGAAUCCAGUGCCUGGCUCACAAACCAUGGGCUCUAGAAUGCCAUACAACAGUAGUUAUAACACUGCCCUGCAACAAUACCUGCAGACUUACCAGUUAACUCAACAGCAAUUGCAACAGUUAGCGGUGUCACACGCUCAAAUGGCGCAUAGUGGAAACGCGCCAGCUGUUAUGCAUCAACCGCACUCGUUAGUUCACCCGCAACAUGCGCAAGUGAUGCAGUAUUUCCAGCCACCUUUCAUCGACACCGCACAUCUUACUCAAGUCACGUGCGAGAAGCACAUGAGUAAUAGACGAAGACCAGGUCAUCACAUGCGUGCGAGGAGACGCUAUCAUUACAUGAACAGUAUUCAGAAACAGAAAACAAGUCGGACCUUUAUUAACAACACUGCUCCUGUGAAUAUGGCCUACAACAAUGUAUCUACAGUGCCUGGCGUUGGAAUGAAUGCCAAUACAAAUAAUUUAUUAACUUCAGCUAAUCAGACGGCAGCCUUACCGCUUAGUAAUAGUUCGCAGUUUGAAAAGUCUGAUCCCUCGCCAACUGGUUAUUCACAGGGUGAGGAGAAAGGUUUCUUCCCUAGAGAUGACUUCCAUUUAUUGUCCAAUGGGAUCCUCAAUACAGGAAGUUCCACAGCGCUGCAUACCACAACACUGCCUAACGUAAUGACCACCAAUUAUAGUCACGAGGACUUUUUGAACGAGGCCAAUAUGUUGUUUGACGACACAUGUUGCAGUCCAGGGCCUCAAAUGGAGGAUCAGCGUUACUUUGACGACUUCGAUAUCCCUUACUUUACAUCACACAACAACGCCUUUGACGAGCAUCAUGUUGACCCCAAGCCUGUGUAUGGCAACCUGAUGGAGGUUAUAGAUGACAGACUGCGCCAGUACAAAGCUGCUCUGGAAAAGGCCCAACAGACCGAGGAUAGCAGCAAAAUACGCAGAUACACCAGACAGAUCAAAACACUGGAAGACCAAAAACGAAGUGUGAACGCAGGGAAAGUUGUCAAAGACGAGGACAUACCCCCACCCAUUGCGAUGUCACAUCCUGGAAUGAAUGUGCAACACAGCCCCUCGGUGGGUGGAUCGCCCCAACAGCACCCCCAGGCAUCGUCCUUGUCCGCAGGAGGCGCCAAGGGAACUAACUCGGCGGGACCUGGUGAUGGUACGGGGACAGCAACUGUGCCUUCGUCUUCCUCGGGUAGUGAACACAGUCCGACCACUGAUAUGCUCCAAACGGGAGGCGGUGGAGCAAACAGCCAGGCGGCUGUUAAUGUUAACAGUGCUCAUCAACAACAACAGCUCUCUCUGGAUUCGGAAUCUGGUGGUGUGUCGUCUGCAGUUGACCAACAGACCCUGCUUCUUCUGAGGAAGAGAGUCCACGAGUACAAAGUCGCCGCGCACCAGGCCAACAAGCAGGGAGACAAACCAGCUGCACUCAAAUACGUCCGCGUUAUCAAGGGAUUUGAGGAGGUGAUAUCGGCAGUGGAGACGGGCAAGAGUGUGGACAUCUCUAACUUACCGGGGCCCCCUCCACUGGUACCGGGUGGCAAUCCCUCGACUGACCCCAGUACAAACAACGCUUUCAAGUCGCCUUCCACCGAUAACUCCAGCUUGGCAUCUGCUGCGAGCAGUGACCAGCAACAGCACCAGUCGCCAAUCCGACAACCUCCCCCCGUCCCAAUGACUUCAUCAUCUUCCCAUCAACUUCCUCCCCAUACCACAAACAUCCAACAGCAACAACAGCCCUCGUCGGGCGAUGAAAACAUGGAUGCAUUGGUUACUAGGAUGAAUGUGUAUAAGGAGGCGAGUGAAAAGGCAAAACAAGCGGGAGACAUGAGCAAAGCCCGUAGACAGGACAGAUUGAAAAACCAAUAUAUGGACGCCAUCAAAUCGUACAGAAACGGACGAACAGUGGACUGGGAGGGACUUUCAAAUCCUCUCGGAUUCCCGCCGCUGCCCAACACAGCAGCCGCUGCAAACAGUGCGGCAGCAGGACAGUCUGGAGGGGCAAUGGGAGGCAGUGGUCAGCAGGCCGCAGACUAUGACCCAAUAGCAUCUCUCCUAAAUGCGGCAGUUCAACAGAUCAACAAUGAGUCACCACAGACCAGCUCUGCCUCCUCGAAGUCUCAAAGCGGAGCUCCCUCUUUCACCUCUGAGUCAUCGCCAGCCGCCGCCGCAGUCAACUCGGAGCAGCCCCCUACUAGAGCACCUCCUCCUGUACCACCGAAUCACCCCUCCAAGCAGGCUGCAGCUAGAACGCAACCAAGUGCAGCAAACGCACAAGCGCCACCCAAUAAGAUCCAGAUGACAGUUGAUUUUCUGGAGAAGCGACAGCAACAGUAUCGAAGUGCUGCUAUUGCUUGCAAGAAGCGCAACGACAUUGAAGAGGCCAAGAGAUACCUGAAACUAUGCAAGGGGUUCGACCCCAUGAUUGCUGCUGCAAAGUUGGGAAAACCAGUUGAUUUGGCACAGAUUCCCCCAGAUCUUUCUGGAACACUUAAAGCUGCCAAUGCUUCUGCGGCAAACUGUGCCGGCGGCGUUCUCUCUGGAAACACACUGGUCAUACCGGUGGAGCAACCAGCUGUCCCGAAGCACAACGCCGACCCAAAAGAGGUAGCCAGUCUGUUCCUGUCUAUCGAACAACAACUGCAGCUUCAGAUCAAUAAGUGCAAAUACGACUCGGAGUAUUAUGCAAGUAUAGGAGAGAUUGCCAAUGUGAACAAAGCGGAGAAAAUGCUGCAAUGCAGUGCGGUAGACUUGAAUGUAGUGCAAGCGUGUAGACUGAGGGGAGAGUUGCCGCCCAAGAUGCACUAUGAGCAACGUGCCUUCACUAAAAUAAGGGUAAACAGUGAUCUGAACGAGGGUGAGUGUGAGGUUCUGGUGUCGCGGGCGAUCAACCUCCCAUGUGCAGACGGGACCAAACCCUCCGAGCUGUCCACCUUCGCCAAGUGGUCUUUCCCUUGGCCAUCUGACUCCUCAACUGUUGGCCAGACAUGUCUGGUUAAGAAUACGGACAAGCCAGUGUACAAUUUCAAGCAGAAGCUGCCGAUAUCGGACAAGAAGGAGAGAAUGUCCAGACAGGUCAGAAGGAAGACAUUCGACGUCACAGUCCUAUCCAAGGGUGGGAUUUUCAAGUCUGACAGGGCCAUAGGAGUGGCCCAAGUGAAGCUGGACAUACUGGACAAAAAGUGCACUCUACACGAAGUCGUUCAACUAAUGGACCCCGUGCAUACAAGAAGUAAAAGCACUUGUGGUAAAAUUGAGGUCAGUGUGCGAGUGAGAGAACCAUUCGUGUCCAAAGAUACCGAAGAUGUGAUCGAGAAGUGGCUGGUAGUCGACGCCGAACCAACCAAACCCAUUCAGCCUCCUAAAUUGCAAAACUCCCCUCAACAGACAACAGCAAUUGCAAGUGAAGCGGAAGCUGAAGGCAGUUCAACCGCUGGGAAAGAGAAAAAACGAGCACCGGCAGAAAACCAAAACGAGACCGACCCGAAUACCCUGAGCGCAAGUACCAAGUCACCCCCAAAAAACAGAAAGAAAUCUCCAAGACCCCCGCCCAGAGCGCCCCCUGGAGGUUCAAAAUAAGAGAAAACUAAUGACUGCUCUGAGAGUAGAAUGUAAAUUGAAUUGUGAUGUAAUUUAAGACUUGAUAUGUCCCUUCGCCCAUAAAUAGAAAUAAUUUCGCAAUUUCUGUCCUAUCAAACAAUGGUGCUCGUUCUAAAAAAUAUGAAAUAACGUUUUCUCGAACCAUUAUUUUUGCAAUUU